GACUGGAAACAGGACAGAGGUUACUGCACUCAUGGUGAAUACUCCUGGAAAGCCUGGCCCUCCCUGGAGGGUGUGUCCUCAAGGCCAGAGGAUGGGAAUCCUAUUCCCUCUGCCUUUUCCCCUUUAACCACACUUCCGUGUGUAACUUGAGACAAGCAGGGGGAGAAAAAAGAGGAAGGAAAAAAAAGAAAAAGGGAAAAGUAGCGCAGUUAUUCCCGCCUCUGCCUCCUCCUCCCUCUCCUCCCCGGCCAGCCAGGAGCCACGUCACCGUCACCCAGCACUGGCUUCGGGACUGCUCAGCCUGGAGAGCUCUCCGGGAGACAAACUCCAACUUUCAGCCCAAAGCAGAGAGAGGAAGGCCCCAGGCUGGGAGAGGGAGAAUCCACCUCGGUGGAAAAGAAAACAAGGGAGACAUCCAGCCUGCCAGGGGAAAGGCAUCUGCAGCCACGGGAGAGGGGAGACUGAACUUUGCGCUGCAAGAAGGAAGGGCUCUGUGCUCAGGGAAAAAGGAAAGUUGAACUGAAGGAGACAGUUCAUUCAGUCAAGGCUCGGUGGAGAAAAACUCCCCACGCUUACCCUCCCUGCCUGCAGAAAGAGCCCCACUCCCUUCACCCCAGAGGAGUCCCCCCGGCACCAUGAACAUCUUCCGCAUCCUGGGGGAUGUCUCCCACUUGCUGGCCAUCAUUAUUCUGCUGCUGAAGAUCGUGAAGUCCAAGUCCUGUGCUGGAAUCUCUGGGAAGAGUCAGAUACUUUUUGCCCUCGUCUUCACAACCCGUUACUUGGACCUGUUCACAAAUUUCAUCUCUGUCUACAACACUGUGAUGAAGGUCAUUUUUUUGAUUUGUGCCUACGUCACCGUGUAUAUGAUCUAUGUGAAGUUCCGGAAAACGUUUGACAGCGAGAACGACUCCUUUCGCCUCGAGUUCCUGCUGGUCCCUGUCACAGGCCUGUCAUUUCUGGAGAACCACAGCUUCACCCCCUUGGAGAUACUCUGGACCUUCUCCAUCUACCUGGAGUCUGUGGCUAUCCUUCCUCAGCUCUUCAUGAUCAGCAAGACAGGGGAAGCGGAGACCAUCACGACACACUACCUUUUCUUCCUGGGCCUCUACCGUGCUCUCUACAUUGCCAACUGGGUCUGGCGCUACCACACAGAGAAUUUCUAUGACCAGAUCGCUGUCGUUUCUGGGGUGGUACAAACCAUCUUCUACUGUGACUUCUUCUAUCUCUAUGUCACCAAAGUCCUGAAAGGAAAGAAGCUAAGUCUUCCCAUGCCUGUUUGAAGACAUCCCACAGGCAGCGCAAGAAACUCCAAAGAUGAAGCUGUUCAAGAUCACAGCUUUCCUUACCUGGCCCUUUUAGACUAACAGAUGGCUCAGCCGAGUUUCAGCCAGGAAGACAAGGCUUGGAAAACUGAAAUGCUUUUCAUCCAUCAGACUCUUCCCUUCCAUUUUUUUAUUUUUCCUCACUUGAAUUUGGUGCUAGUGCUGGCCAAUACUGAAGUAGUGCAAUUUCUUCUCUCCCAGAUCUUCCCAGCAUCUACAUCCAAAACACACCUCCACCCUUACCCCAAGGCAGCACAAGGGAAAAUGUCACUCCCUUUAGUUCUUCAGCAAGUGUGCACGGUAAAGAGAACAUGUACUAAUAAAGUCUGUUAACUUAACUGACCCAGUUCACAGGUGGCCACGUCUGACACAGCAGAUGCUAUGAACUGUUUAACUCUGUAUGAACUAACAACCUCUUGGAAAUUAAUUCUGCCUGACCCUCUCUCUAUUCAGGCCCUGUAACAUUCAAGAAAAACACACAGCCUUUGAAUAACAUGAAUCUUCUAAGUGCACAAGUAUUCAAACAUCCCCCCCGCUUACUUAUUUUCAGUUCCCUUGUGUUCUACAAACAGGGACGAUUUCAAUUAAAAUUCAGUGGGUUGCCAAGAAGUGUUUCCAUCUCCUUGAAUUUAAGAACUGGGAAGAACAGGGGCAAAGACAGCUUUAUAUUCCAAAAAUAAAGACAAAGUCCACAAUUUAUUGACAACAGUGUUUUUAUUUUAUACCUACAAAAGAAAACAAGAUGGUAUCAAAAGGACAAUUUACAAACUAAGAAUAGUAACAUAGCUCUUAGUAUCCUGUGCCUGAACACCACAGAUCUAUGAAUCUCUCAAUUCAAGUCUUCGUUAAUACAACAGGAAUGUGUUCAGAGACCAGCAGGUGUGUGAAACAAGAUGCUGAUCCCACACAAAGCUAGUAACCCUUCAAUUGUUCAGAGAAAUCCAAACAGUAAAUUGCUUCAGGAAGCGGGAGGGGAGGAGACACCCAGCUCAGAUAUCUGACACUCCCACAAACUUUUUACAGAUUGAAAACAACGCAAACAACACUAGAGGCUAAUGCUUUAUCAACAAGGGCCCUCCAGCUGGUACAUGGAGCAGAGCAGAGAGCACCAGGUGGGACAGGGGCAGCACAUGCCACGGUGCAUUCAGUGGUCUGGUUGAUGCUCUGAACUGAACUGAGACCCUGGACUUCAGCUGACCUCAAUGACAAUAAAGCACUGCAGGACCUGGCAUUGAUGUUUAAACAUACCCAAGUCGCCUCCAAAAGUGAAAGCUGUAAGAGACUGCAAGGCAGCUUUGGCAGUCCAGAGACCCUUUUUAAAGACAGUCAGUAAGAUGUCCUACUCCUACACCCCUCAAAAGCAUUUCUGCAUUCUACUCUCAAAUUUAAAACAAAAAAAAAAGCUCUACAUUUGCUUGCGAGGGAGGUCAAAGACCUAUCAGUCAGUGCCUGGAUAAAGAAAAUGCUUCUGGCUUUCUCUUAACACAAGCAAAGGAACUUCCUGCCCAUGCACUGGAAAUAUAAAAUGGAACCAGGGAACUGAGGUUCUGGAAGGAAUCUCCCUUCUUCCUGUCAGCAACCUACCUGUGAACUGCACAAGAAAAAAAAAAAAAAAGAAAGAAAGAAAGAAAAAAGCACAU